CUCCUGGAGAACGUAAGUGUCGCGAGAAGGUCGUCCUCCUCCUCGUGACAAGCUAGCUGGGCUGUGAGCUGUUCCAGGCUGGUUUAUCCGUGUAGUCUGCGGAGCUAGGUCCAGCUUCGGAGGGUUCCAGGUAGAGAUGAAUACGCAGGGAGGUAUUCAGUUCCAAGAGAAAGUCGCCAGGCUGCUCAGUAGGCAGAACGGGAAACCGGUCCUCAAACCCAACAGACCGCUGGUUCUGAAGGACUCCGUAGCCAACCGGAGGCCCCAAAAAGGAGAGGCCACCUGCAUCACUGAGAUGUCUGUUCUGAUGGCUUGUUGGAAACAGAACAACUUUGUGGACUGUCUGUGUUCUACUGAGAUUGACUCUUUCUACUCUUGUGUUCAUAAAGCUCAGGCGGCGAUGAAGAGUAAAGGUGAACUGAGCAGCGUGACGGGAGGCCGUCUGCCACCAAAACAAGCCACCACCCUGCUGAAGAGGUUUCCCAACCUGAGGACUGAGAUUUAAAACUGUCGAGAAUCGUUGUGGUACUUUCUGUAUGUGUUGUUUAAAUAAAUGUAUGUACAUAA